GGCGCUGGCCGGGAGCCCGGCGGCGGCUCCGGGGAUGGUCCACGCACUGGCGCCGUCACGUGUUGUUCUCCUUGGAGUGAGCCUGAGCCGCGGCGGCGGGCGGAGGGGGCUGGACUGGCGAGCGCGGCCCCCGCCGCCUGUUUUGGUGCGGGGCGCCGGGAAACUCCGAGGAGAAGCCGGCGGAGAAGGAGCCGCCGCGGCGGUGCCCGCUCCCCCGGCGGGCUGGGGCACAGAAGGGGGCCGCACCGCCGGCCGCUGAGGCGCUGCCGCCUGGAAUGAAGAGGAGGAGGAAGAGAGGAUGUUCUUUCGGCACUCGGGCUUGCCUCCCCUCCCGCCGCUGCCGGGCUGCGCCGCGUGUGGAAAUGGCACUUUCUCUGCCUAACGAGAUGGGACUGAAUGGGGUCGCCAGCCUCCUCCGCACGCACGAGCGGGAGCAGCAGCCUCGGCGCUGAUAUUUGGGGAAGGGGGGUUGUGUUGUGGGCGGCAUUUUUUUUUUAAUUUUCUCUUUUUUGGGAGCAGAGCGAGAGAGGAGAGAGAGAGCAGCGUGUAUUUUUGGGUGCAAACCCCGGACUUUGCAAAACAAUCUCCGCCCCCGAGAGGAUAUUUAAUCUGCAACAGAGAUCGCUGCUCGCGGAGGCCAACUUGAGCCGGGGAAGGGGUGCAGGGAGCGGAGGAAAGGGACCCGCGCCCCGCUACCGGCCCCGCCGGAGCCCGACCCCUGCAAGGGAAGAUGCGUUUUUCAUUCCUGGCUGCUCAUUUUGGGACGAGACUUUCGUCUGGACUGAUCGGGACUGGACUUUUUAAGGACGAGCUUACGCGUCUAAGCGCGAUUUGGGCAUAAACAGCAACACAAACUCUGAUUUGGUGCUGGAAGCUGCCUCUGCCACUGAACAGCUGCUCUCACCCUGCUUCUGUCCCUCCCCCGUCCCGUUUUCAAAAGAGGAUCCUGAGCUAUUUUGCCUUUUUUUCUUUUUUUAUUUCCUUUUUUUUUUAAUUGUUGUUGCAUGAAUUUUAUUUUAGGUGGUUGCCUUUCCUGGCUGGCUUGGCUGUUUUGGGGUCUUGCAGACUGCGAGCUGCAGUAACAACUCCACCACCUCUCAUCAUGGCCAGCCCCACGGAUAAUAACGAGGGCUUCUUCUCAGAUGUCAGAAAGGUGGGUUACUUGCGCAAACCCAAGAGCAUGCAUAAACGAUUUUUCGUGCUGAGGGCAGCCAGUGAGUCUGGACCCGCCCGGCUGGAGUAUUACGAGAAUGAGAAGAAAUGGAGACACAAGUCAGGGGCCCCCAAGCGCUCCAUCCCACUAGAAAGCUGCUUCAACAUCAACAAACGGGCUGACUCCAAGAACAAGCACCUGGUGGCCCUCUACACCAAGGACGAGCACUUUGCCAUUGCAGCUGACAGUGAACCCGAGCAGGAGAGCUGGUACCAAGCGCUGCUGCAGUUGCACAACAGGGCCAAGGGCCACCAUCACCUCCAUCACCAUCACCACCACCACCACAGCGAUGUCACUUUUGGAGGCAGCAGCACAGGACUGGGGGAAGCAGGGGAGGACAGCUAUGGUGAGGUAGCCCCCGGUCCAGCUUUUAAGGAAGUUUGGCAAGUAAUUCUGAAGCCUAAGGGCCUAGGCCAGACAAAGAACCUGAUUGGCAUCUACCGCCUGUGCCUGACUAACAAGACCAUCAGCUUUGUAAAGCUGAACUCAGAUGCGGCUGCUGUGGUGCUGCAGCUGCUCAAUAUCCGCCGCUGUGGUCACUCUGAGAACUUCUUCUUCAUUGAGGUGGGACGCUCAGCUGUCACUGGACCUGGUGAGUUCUGGAUGCAAGUGGAUGACUCAGUAGUGGCACAGAACAUGCAUGAAACUAUCCUGGAGGCCAUGCGAGCCAUGAGUGAGGAAUUCCGGCCCCGUAGCAAGAGCCAGUCCUCCUCAAACUGUUCCAACCCGAUCUCUGUGCCCCUUCGCAGGCACCAUGUCAACAACCCUCCACCGAGCCAAGUGGGGCUCAGUCGGCGGUCCAGGACUGAGAGCGUUACGGCCACUUCUCCUGCCGGUGGUGGAGGUACAGGUGGCAAACCCAGCUCUUUCCGGGUUCGAGCGUCAAGUGAUGGGGAAGGCACAAUGUCAAGACCUGCCUCUGUGGAUGGUAGCCCAGUUAGUCCCAGUGCUAACCGGACUCAUUCACACAGACACCGUGGCAACUCCAGGCUCCAUCCUCCACUCAACCACAGCCGGUCCAUCCCAAUGCCUUCCUCGCGCUGCUCUCCUUCGGCCACCAGUCCAGUCAGCCUGUCAUCCAGCAGCACUAGUGGCCACGGCUCCACCUCAGACUGCCUGUUCCCGCGAAGGUCUAGUGCUUCAGUUUCUGGCUCUCCCAGUGAUGGUGGAUUUAUUUCUUCUGAUGAGUACGGUUCAAGCCCGUGCGACUUCCGCAGCUCUUUUCGCAGUGUAACCCCCGAUUCAUUGGGACACACCCCCCCUGCCCGGGGUGAUGAAGACCUCAACUACAUCUGCAUGGGAGGGAAGGCCACCUCUUCUUGCUGCAGCCUGGCAGCACCCAAUGGCCAUUUCAUCCCACGCACCUGCCACCCUCAGCAGCAGUCCCGCUAUCCUAGUACACCCUGCUGUCCUCGAGGUGGUAGUGAGGAGGUUGCCGACUUGGAGAAGGCUUUCAGAAAGCGGACUCACUCAGCAGGUACUUCGCCCACCAUUUCCCACCAGAAAACACCCUCACAGUCUUCAGUGGCCUCCAUUGAGGAGUACACGGAGAUGCUGCCUUCUUACCCCUGCGGCAGCAGCAGGCUGCCCUCCUACCGCCACUCAGCCUUUGUGCCCACUCACUCCUACCCAGAGGAGUGCCUGGAGAUGCACCACAUGGACAGUGGCCAUCAUCGGACCAACUCUGCCCCGCACACGGAUGAUGGCUACAUGCCCAUGUCACCUGGUGUAGCCCCUGUGCCCGGUGGUGGGGGGCCCCCCAAGGGUGGUGACUAUAUGCCCAUGAGUCCCAAGAGUGUGUCGGCCCCACAGCAGAUCAUCAACCCCGGCAGGGGUGGCCGCCACCCUCCAGCCACAGUGGACUCUAAUGGCUACAUGAUGAUGUCCCCCAGUGGCAGCUACUCCCCCGACAGCAGCUCUGCGGGCUACGGCAAGAUCUGGACAAAUGGUGCCGGCCACCACCCAAAACUCUCAGUGGAGAGCAACGAAGGGAAGCUCCCCUGCGGGGGCAGCGACUAUAUAAACAUGUCCCCAGCCAGCGGCUCCACCACCAGCACUCCGCCCGACUGCUACUUCGGGGCUGCGGGGCAGCCGGGGGUCGAGGAGGCGGCCGCCGUAGCGCACCACAAACCCAUCUACUCCUACUUCUCGCUGCCACGCUCCUUCAAGCACGUGCACCGGCGGGGCGGCAGCAGGCCGGCGGGGACAGCCGAGGAGGGCAGCCCUCAGCCCCGCAUGGCGCUCGGCUCCAGCCGCCUCCUUUACGCGGCCGAGGACUCGUCCUCCUCCACCAGCAGCGACAGCUUGGGCGGCGGCGGCGGCCCCGAGGGCGGCCCCCCGCCUCAAGCGCAGCCCCCGCGCAAGGUGGACACGGCCGUGCAGACCAAGGGCCGCCUGGCGCGCCCCACGCGGCUGUCGCUGGGUGGCCCUAAGGCCAGCACCCUGCCGCGGGCCCGGGAGCAGCCCCCGGUCCUGCUGCCCCCGGAGCCCAAGAGCCCCGGCGAGUACGUGAACAUCGAGUUUAUCGCCGGCGAGAAGCCGCCCUUCCCCUCGGCUGCCCUGAGCAUGGCCCUGCCGCCGCCGGGCAGCGAGGCCGCCGAGGAGUACAUGAACAUGGAGCCGGGCCCGCCGCGGGCCCCCUGCCCGCCCGGCUUCGCCACCGCGCGGGCGGCCCGGCUCGGCCGGGACUACGUGGCGAUGCAGCGGGGGGGCGCCGCGGCGGCCGGCGGGGGCUCCUGCUCGGACUACGCGGACAGCCCGUCCCCCGGCUCGCCCGCCCGCCUGAUCAGCUACGCCGAGGUGCGGGGGGGCCGCGCCGGCCCCGAAAAGCCCCCGCCGGUGGCCGCCACCGCUGCGUCCCCGGAGCUGCCGCGGCCGCCGGCCGAGCUGUCGGCGGCGCCGCCGCGCUCCUCCUCCCUGCUGGGGGGCCUGGGCGCGGGCAGCGCCUUCACCCGCGUCAGCCUCAGCCCCGGCCGCAACCAGAGCGCCAAGGUGAUCCGCGCCGACCCGCAGGGCGGCCGGCGGCGGCACAGCUCCGAAACCUUCUCCUCCACGCCGAGCGCGGCCCGCGGAGCGGCGGGCGGGCUCGGGGCACCCUUCCCCUGCGGCGGCGCGGGGGGCGCCGAGGAGGUGAAGCGGCACAGCUCGGCCUCCUUCGAGAACGUGUGGCUGCGACCCGGCGCGGGGGAGGCGGCCGCCCGCCGGGACCCGGGGGUCGCGCCCGCCCUGGAGAACGGGCUCAACUACAUCGACCUGGACUUGGUGAGGGACUGCGGCCACCGCCGCCACCACCACCCACACGCCCCCGCCGAGGCGAAGCAGCCGCUGCCGCCGAAGCCCCCGGGCCAGCAGCGCGGGAGUGGCCACUGUGGCGAGGAUCUGAGCGCGUACGCCAGCAUCAGCUUCCAGAAGCGGGAGGAGAUGUAGGAGCCGGGCGCCCGCCGGGGAAGAAUGAUGACCUACACAACCUCAACAAAUCCUUCUUUUAAACUCAUGGGUAUCAAGACUAUAAAUGUUUCAUGCUAUCACAACUAGGACCUCACCUCCUCCUCCUCUUCCUCUGUAAAUGGGUACGAUGCAUCCAGUUCAGUUUGUUUACUUCACACAAACCUCAGGAGUUGUUGACUGAGCUGCACAUCCUGUGUUGUGCCAAGCAGAAGCACUGUGACACCUGGACAACAAGUCUCUCUUACUUCAUCCUCUACCAUAAGGACUUAGCUGGCCACAUGAACUGAUGUGCCCACCACUACAUCAUGGUGAGAAUGGGUAUUUUACUAGCACAUUUACACAACUUCAUUUGCUGCUGAAAACCUGUAUGACAAAUCAUCAUUGUAAAUUAUUACAUACAAGACUUAAUGUUGGUUGAAGAGUAUUAAAUAUUUAACAUAGGUUUUGAUUUAUACAUGUACUUUUUUAAUUAAAAUGUAACUUUUCCUACAGCACAUCUUUUUUGAUGUGGAACUGAGGUAUACUAUAUUCUGUUGUAAACAGAGUGGGGAACCUGCUUAAAACAAGGCUUCUAAGAAUAGAGUAGGGUACUAUUCUUGUUUUAAGAUUGUAAUUCAGAAAAUAAUAUAAUACGAGUCAUUGGUCCCUGGGCCUUGAUUGUACAGUCAUAUUUACUGAUACUAUCAGUUGUAAGAUAACCCUAAUGUUGAGCUGAAUUCUUUCCAAAAGAAAAAUAAUUUUGUACUCCUUGUAAAAUAAUAGUCUGUAUUAACUGCAACAAAGACAAACAUUACUGUACAUCGGUAUUUACAAGUGUCAACUUGAAUUCAUCAAUUGCACAGUAACUGACAAAAAAUCAGAAAAAAGAAAUCAAAGUCUUCCAUUGUAUAUAUUGUAAAGAAGAAAAACAAACAAAAAAACAACCAACAGGAAACCACAAAGCAAAAUGGAAACAAAAAAGGGUGAACUUUUUAAAUUGACUCUUUCCCUGGAAUGAAAAUGUGGGUGUUUGUAAAUUCUGGAAAUCUCUUUCUAUAUGUAAUAAACUAGAUACUGUUUUAUCUGCU